AUGAUUGCUACGGUUCGUAAGGCCAUCGGGGCUGGCUUGUCGGUGUUAGCGCUCAGCUCUACAACACUGGCUGAACGCUGUGAGAGAUCUUGCUUAGAAGGCCUAAUCUCGGACUACCUUAAUGCCUUAGUAGCCCACGACCCAUCGAGUUUGCCGACGACUUCGGACGUGAAAUACGUAGAGAACGAUCAAAUAUUACCGUUCGGCACUGGCGAGUGGCAUAUCGUGGAGUCACUAGGAAAAUAUAACCACACGUUCUCUGAUCCCGAAGCAGGCCAGGUCGCGACCAUCACUACCAUUACCGAGAAUGGCGUUGGUGCUAUUUAUCUUGUGCGCCUCAAGGUAGAGGAGGACGGAAAGAUAAGCGAAAUCGAAUCACAAAUCACACGUGAUUCUGGCGGCGCAGAGCUCUAUGAACAACGAGGUCAGCCGGAAGCCGUUUGGCUCGAAGCUGUACCGCCCGAGGAACGGAUUACCCGAGACGAGCUGAUCUCACAAACUAACAAAUAUUACACCGGCAUGCAGGGAAACGACCCAAAUGGUGACUACAGCUUCUUUGACAAAGAGUGUAAUCGUCUGGAAGAUGGUCUUCAAACGACAAACGUCAAGACCGGUGAUCCUUAUGGCCAUUCUAACGAUACGGCAUUCGCUUCUCUAACUUGCGAGGAGCAAUUUCAGACAGGAUUUCUUGGCUUUGUCACAAGAAUCCGGGAACGCCACUUUCCCGUAGUGGAUGAGGAGCGCCAGGCCGUCUUUGCCAUCACUACUUUAGAUCAUAAUGCUACGGUGAAAUCGUUGCCUAGCGUGAAUGGCACAUCCUCGCCAAUCCCGCGUUAUUUCGAAACGCCUCGUUCGUUGAGAGCCAUGGAGGCAUUUCGCUUGCGUGGCGAGAAGCUUUAUCGCAUCGAGAUGACACUAAUUGAAGUUCCUUAUAACAUGCGAGCAGCAUUUCCCGAUAUUCCACCUGUAGAUCUCAGCGGGCCCGGUACAAACUUUACCACGUAUCCCAUUCCGUGCGACCAGGUCUGCCUCGAGAAUGUAGUGGGAGAUGUACUCAUGGCGAUCCGGGUCCAUGAUCACACGCGUCUACCCCUAGCGAAGGGUGUACUUUACUCUGAGAAUGGCCAAUUUGUAGCAUUUGGUGAUGGUCUAUGGGAGACACUGGAAGCAAUUACUUGGACGGACAGGUAUGGAGCAGUCGUAUGCGAUUCGGAAAGCGGGACGGUUGGCUACUGGGGAUUCAGUACGGAGCACAGUAUACCGGGAGUCCUUUCGCUACGUAUCAAGGUCGACAACGGCCAAAUAACAGAGAUCGAAGCCAACGUUGUGCGUGGAGAAGCUACUGAUAGUCGUGGCGGGACAGUAACGCUUAUGCGCCCUCCGCUUCCAGUCGAGUGGGAGGGUAAUACCACAAGUUUCCUCGACUCUGUGUUUCAAGCAUAUAGCACCAAUGGUGAGAUUCCGCCAGAAUUAUUGAGUGCAUAUUUCGAUGGCCUAGAAAAGCAUUCAAGCGAGGGAGUGCCAUUUGCAGAAGAGUGCACUAGGCGUGACAACUUUGGCCAAGGGGGUCUGACUUGCGCUGAUCAGCUGGAUGGAAAGGGACCGACUCCUAAUGGUCUCUCUAACACUACAACAACAGUGCGUGAUCGACGAAUCCUAGUUGCGGAUAGUAAGAGAGGAGUCGUGUUGGCCGUGAUUCUAGUGGAUGAACCUGCCAACGGUCCCGGUCCACUGUCGCCGGCAGGUCGUGUUCCGGGGACUUAUAUGAUUCCGCAGUUGAUCAAAGUUGAUAACGGAUUAAUUUCUCAUAUUGAAAGUGUGGUCAAAUGGGUUCCGUUCGGAUAUAUAUCUGCAUGGACAGAGGCGAGUGAGAAAGCAGAAAAAUGA